AUGUCGGAAACAUUAGAGAACCAAGAGGCUAUCCUUCGAACUUGUUCUUACCAUCGAAGCCUAUACUAUUUCCCAUUGCGUCAAACGAAUCCGAGAAAAGCUCCCGAUACAUUGUUCAAGUGUUCACCAACCACAUCAUCGUCUUUGGCCCCACAAACAGCAAACAACACAGCGUCAAUAUACAAGCUGCCACCGGAGGUAAUUUCCAAUAUCUUGUUGCUGCUAGACGUCAAGUCUUUCCACGAUUUCCGGAAUACCAGCCAUCAAGCACGUUUUAUUUCUAAUGGGAUCCCCCAAUACCGACUUGUUGCACAGCACGGCUUUGCGGGUAUCAAGGCGCUUGCUCAAACAAGUUUGAGUCGUCAUGUGACAUACGAUAACCUUUACCGUUCUCUCAAUACAGAGCAAUGCACCAUGUGUGGGGAGUUUGGAAGUCUCCUUUUUCUCCCGACCUGCACACGUUGUUGCUACAACUGUCUUCGUGAAGAACCAGAGUUGGCUGUGAUAAACUACUACCAUGUUUACCACCUCAGAAGAGUCUUGGCCAACAGGAUGGGUGAAGAUAUACCCAGCCAAACAGACUGCCGUACUCUAACAAUCCGCAACUGGGAGAACCCCGUGGAGAUGUCGAGAUACACUAUAGGUAUACUGGCAACAGAUAUACCUAGAAGGAUCCUGUCACUUGCCCAUACCGAAGGCAAUCGUAACGUCACUGUUCAAAAAGGCUGGCUGCACUAUCGCUCAGCAGCAUGCAUCGCAUAUCCUACGCUAAACCGAUGGAAGAUGACGGUUGAGCGUGGAGUUAGCUGCAAGGGAUGUGAGAAAGCAUUCGUCAGUGGGCGGUUCGAGGCGAUGCAUCAGGGCUGGGCAACGUCUGGUAUGCCCCGGAAGUGUGUAGAGCGCGACAUGUCUUUCUCUGUGGCCGGUUUCCAGAGGCAUUUCGAGUCGUGUGAGCAUGCCAAGAAGAUCUGGGAGGAUAGCGAGCAUGGAUCAAAAGACACCAACGACUCGAAAACAAUAAAGAAUGGAGGGCAACUUAUUGGAAGGUUGGCGAUGCGUGCGUAUGCGGGCAUUAAAUCCAGGUCUUAA